CCCCACUAAGUGUUAGUGAAUAGUAAAUGCCUAAACGAAUUUGAUUGUCGUCGCAAAAGUGAUUGUAGUACGAUUGUAUGGUGUUAAACGCCCUUCAAGUGCUUUAUUGAUAAAGUUUUCUUUGUGUAUUGUCCUUUAAUGUUGCGCAUAAAUUUGAUUAAUUUACGAUCUAAAAGCAAAAAAUCGGCAAAAAUCGAUUAACAGUGUCAAAAUCGAAAUGUUUUGAUUUUUUAUUUAUGUUUGUUGAGAAAAGCGCCCGCGUCAAGCACUUCUGAAAAGUUGCCUUGUUUCUACCACAAUACGGCCGUCGGCGAUGUUUGGCUACGAAUAAUUUGGUGCGAGCGUGUACUGGGAGUGGUUAUGACAUUAACAUACUAAGUGCAUUUAUUAGCUUCUACCGCAUUUUCUCCGGCUCCCGACAAUAUUAAGCGUUUCAACCGUGCUCAAUGUUCCAUUAAUAAUUCAUUUAAAAAAUGGAUAUGUGUGUUAUAAAUUACUUAAUCUGACUCAGCAAAAUAAAAUUUUAAGAAACUAGAACCUAAACUGGUCCCCACAAUCGGGAAAAUUGAACUAAAUGCACGCAACACAUACACAAGUCUCAGUCAAAAGCUUUCAAGCACCGUAAACUCUAAAUAUAAGUACAGCAUGAAACUAGCAACCACACGUGUUGCACAAAAUUCGAACAGUAUCGCAAAAUUCUCAUUAAAAUAAUAAAACUUAAAAUUAUUAUUUCUAACGAAGAUUUUGUGGCUCACUGUAUAGUAGAUAUGCACGUGUAUCUGGUUAUGCAUAAGUGCAUGUGACGAAACGAGCUCUGGCAAUUACGAGUGAAAUGCUGAUCCACUUUUCCACAACUCUGAAGAUAUUUACAUAUAUGUACAUAUGUAGAUAUGUAUGUAUGUAUGAAUACAUUAAUUCACGUACAUGACAAUACAAAGCGCACAUUAUAAACUGACAUAUGCUUGUGAAUUUGGUGAUAACAGCGGGCGCCACAUUUGAAUAAAAACACUACAGUUAUCGUUGUAGUUGCAGGAAUAAUUCAAUGAGUUUACAAAAAUGCAAAUACUGAAUAAUUCAUGCACGCCAAAGUUGAGAGAGCGAAUAAACAAAACCUUAACUCCACGACAACGAAUAUACUAGCGAUUGUCACUGUCGAGGCAAAACUCCGCCUAGUAACUAAAUGCAUACAUAAGUACGUGUGUGCGUACGAAACACAUUUGGGUGUCAUCAUACGCCCAUGCGAAUGUUUGUUGCCAGCAACAUACAAAUAGUAAAUAAAAGUAUACGCAUCACCAGAAAAUGUCGAAGGACAGCAGAAGGAUGGCUUAACAGAUCAAAUCUUACAUGAGUUAAACCUUGAAUAGGUAAAUAUACCUUCGCGUGUCGCUUUCUAAUAAACAAUAAAAGAGCUUUAACGGGUUGCAGCGAAAUAACGGUAAAGAUUGUAAAAUGCAAAAUGCCACCAACUCAGCAACAAGCAUUAUUGUUGCUAAAUAUUUCGAACGGCAUGUAUGCGGCUCCAAAGAACUAUGGUUUAAACAAACAUACGGAAACUUCAUUAACGAAUGUUUCGAACUCAAUAGGCCCACAUUUAAGCACCACUGUAACAACAACAACCACCUACGUAAGUGCCUCAACAAUUAACAACAGCCAAUUGGGGACGGUCGAUGGGUGUAGCAGCACUGCAGUUACUGAAAAGUUCUACUGGAGCCACUUUGGGAUACAGCUGGCAGUGCCCGAAUGGGAAGCUAUCCUUACUACCAUAGUGCUCUCCGUUAUAAUAGUACUAACUGUAAUUGGGAAUGUACUAGUCAUUUUAAGUGUAUUCACCUACAAGCCGCUACGAAUAGUCCAAAACUUUUUUAUUGUUUCGCUGGCCGUGGCCGAUCUAACGGUCGCAUUACUCGUAUUACCAUUCAACGUAGCGUACUCGAUACUUGGGCGUUGGGAAUUUGGUAUACACGUUUGUAAGAUGUGGCUAACUUGUGAUGUUUUGUGCUGUACGUCGUCAAUACUCAAUUUGUGCGCAAUUGCCCUCGAUCGCUAUUGGGCCAUAACGGAUCCCAUUAAUUAUGCCCAAAAGCGUACAGUGGGUCGUGUUCUGCUAUUAAUAGCCGGUGUUUGGAUACUGUCAUUAGUAAUAAGUUCACCACCGCUAGUAGGAUGGAAUGAUUGGCCGGAUGAAUUUACAAGUGCCACACCGUGUGAAUUAACCUCUAAUCGAGGUUAUGUGAUAUACUCUUCAUUGGGAUCGUUUUUCAUUCCCUUAGCAAUAAUGACUAUCGUAUACAUCGAAAUCUAUAUUGCAACCAGACGACGACUGCGUGAACGCGCCAAAGCUUCGAAAAUAAAUACGAUUGUAAGGAAGAGUGGUGAUAAGGACACCUCAGCCGUAAAUAAUGCAAGUGGCAGGCGAGAAAGCUAUGCUCUAGGCUCGUUUUGUUUGGCUAUAUUGAGUUGCGGCAAGUCCUCCGUGCAAUCAACCUCGUCAGUUGCAAUACAAAAUGAUCAAGACUCGGUUAGCAGUGAGACGAAUGCCAAUAACGAAAUACAGGGUGCGGAUAAUAAGCAGGAAACAGAGCAACGUAUAGUUGUUGUGGCACAACGAACGAAAAAAACGCGACGUGCAAAAAUUAAGGAUUCUAUAAAACAGGGAAAAAUGCGAGUUAAAAAACAACAGCUACAGCCAAAAAACGGUGAUGAACCAAACGACGAUAAAAAGAAUGCUAGUGUCGACAUAGCUGGCACAGACGAAUUACUACUCAUGGUCGCCGAAAGUAAAGAACUAGAAAAUUGUGAGAAUUCAACAAGCUUGCGGAAACUUGCUGCCGAGUGCACAGAACCAAUCGAUUCAAACAAUGACGAUAACACUUCGCUGAAAAUAACGCCGCCACAAUCUUCAACAGGCGCCACAUCCACUGCGGCAAUGCCGUUACAGAAGAAACCCGCAGGCGUAUAUCAAUUCAUUGAGGAAAAACAGAAGAUAUCACUGUCGAAGGAAAGACGAGCUGCACGCACAUUGGGCAUUAUUAUGGGUGUGUUUGUUAUUUGUUGGCUACCUUUCUUUCUGAUGUACGUCAUCCUGCCUUUCUGCGAUUACUGCUGCCCAACAAACAAGUUAAAGAAUUUCAUUACAUGGUUGGGCUACAUAAAUUCGGGUCUAAAUCCAGUUAUUUAUACAAUAUUCAAUUUGGACUAUAGGCGUGCGUUCAAAAGACUUCUCGGAUUUAAUUAAAAGGGAUUCAUAUAUGUUAAUACUACUGAAUGUCGAUAUAGGUUUACUUACAUAUUUCAAUGUUAGUAAUAAUGUAUAUGAAUGCACGAGUAUAUACAUACUUACAGAUGUAUGUAUUUCUAUAUAGUAUCAUAAUUUGUAUAACUUUGUAUAAUGAAAUCAAUAAUUUAUUUUAUAUACAUACGAUUUAAUAUUAUAGUGAACCAACUGUUAUCCUAUUAAUUAUAAUUUAUAUACUCAUUGUUAAUAGAUUGUAUUAGAAAUUUGAAUAAAUAAUAGCAAAUAUAAAUAUAGUACAUACAUACAAUGUAUAUAUGUGAAAAAAAGUCAGAGGAAGUUACAGUUUUAAAAACAUUUUCAUUGGCCAUGGUGCAGCAUAGCUAGAAUGUAACCUUUACUUACUAGAAUGUAUCCUUAAAUAGCAUUGUAAUAUUCUUGCUAGCAUUUAUUCUUUAAGACACAAUUCGCCUUAUUCUCUAAACAGUGGAAACUUAGUUUUACAUACAAAUAUCAAUUUCUGUAAAUUCACACUUCAAAAUAUUUUGUAUUUCUACUAAAUGUCUUCAGAAUAAGUAUCAAUAACAAAAGCAUAUUAGUUUUUGUGAAAGCUAGACUGUAAUUUUCAAUCCACAAAUCUUCAUUUAACGCCAAAUACUAACUAAUUGAUUAUAUUGUAGAAGCUAAUUUAUAAGGGGUGUUUGUACAUUAACUGCAUUAAAUUAUCUGAAAAUAGUAUGAUACUUUGUAUAUUAUAUAUAGGAAGUUACAUAAAUACAAAAGCUCUUUGCUUUAAAGCAUAUUUACCGGAGGAGUAAAAUUAUUUAAUCAAAAUUUAAUCAAAAAUUAAUAGAAUAUUUAAAAUAUAAUGAGAUCAAGAAAGACCCGUUUUGACAUUACUUAUGAACGGUGUGUAAUUGUAGCAUUUAAAUAAGUUAUUAAUUCUUAAGCUAAAGUUCUCUUAACUCUAAAUAUUAGGAAUGAAAGUUGUUAACCGAUAGAAAUCUUUGUUAAGUACUUUAGUUGUGAAUAAAAAAUGCGUGUGUAUAUAAUUUUUAUGAUAAACCUUUUGUAUUAUUUAUAUAUGUAUACGAGGAUAGACUUUUAUAUUUCAGGAUUAAAGAAUAAAAACAAAUAUUAAUCAUCGAAAAUCGACUUAUUGUUUUUCAAAAAUGCUCUCCGUUAAUAUCUAUACACUUUAUACACUUCUGUUGAUAUUUUAGUUUAUUAAUGAGAAAAAAUUCCAUGGACAGAUCGAGUUACAAACAGUGAAGUUUUGAGAAGAGUGAACCGCAAUAAAGAGUUGUUAAGGACUAUAAAACAAAGAAAAGCAGCCUA